GUCCACGUGUGCUCGCUCGCUCUCUCUCUCUCUCUUUUUCUCUCUCUCUCUUUUUCUUCUAUAUCUACCUCUCUCUCUCUCUCUCUCUCUCUCUCGCUUUUUCAUCCUCGAGGAUUUCGAAGCAGGGACCGAGCGCGUCCGUGCGUGUCCCUGCUGCCGUUGGAACCGUUCACCUUCGAGGAGGAGUCGAUCGAGAGCGGAGACGGGUUCUUCGAUUCUCUUUUUCUCUUCCGGUCACCGAGCUCCCCCUCUCGAGAUCACCUCCUCCUCCUCCUCCUCCGAUAUCCUUCCCGGAGAUCCGACCUUUGGCGAAUCUCCGAAUCUCCGACUCUCUUCCACCUGCAUCCAAACGUUGCAUCAAACGUCAAAGAUUUUCCUCUCCCGCGAGGAUCGUCGAUUCACUUUUUUUUUUUUUUUUUUUUUUUUCUUUCUUUCCUUUUAUUACGAUCGAGAGAUAGCAUCGAGCGAGAGAGUCGAGUCGAACUCCUCGAGGGUGUUCGUUCGCCGUUUCGUUCGAGGGAAGGAACGCGUGAGAAAAGAAAAAAGGGAAGGGAAGGGAAGGGAAGGAGCAUGACUCGAUCGAAUUCGAUCGAUUCGGAUUUUUCGGUUAUAUAAUAUCUCGCCGUCUCGUGUCCCGGGACGGCGCGUUGCGUUUAGGCGAAAGGAUCGUGAAAGGGGGAUCUUUGCUAUCCCUCUUCUUCGUUCGACGAGACAGGGGAGUAGAAAGAGUUGAGAAGUCGGAUCGUGAUAAAUUGGUGGAUCGUAAAGAUAAGGGGAAGCCAUCGAACGAGGAUCGUUUAUGAAAGACUCGUAUUCAAAUAUCGUUUAAUGGAAUUCUUCAUCGUUGUUCCUGUGACGAAAUCAGCGAACAAGAGGAACGAGGAUGAGAUUAUUUUAAAGAAACGGAAGAGGUGGUCCGAGUGGGGCAACGGAACGGCAAAGUGACCUCGAGAUUUAUAUUUAUCUCGAAAUAGUGCACCGCGUUUUUAAAUAUAUAAAAUGCGUUUCUAAACGAAACAUUUUAUCAAUCAACGUGAUCAACGUGCGAAUGCAAACAGUGAUCAAGAUGACAAAUGUUUGCUCUUUGAAUCGUCGUCCGCGCGAAGCAGCGAGCAUUCGCGAGUGUUCUCUCCCUUUCCGACGAACGAAACACCCGUUGUGCAUACCCGCUUCGUGACAAUUGUUUCGCCCCUUCUCGACCAGUGAACAAAUUCCCCGACACUGCCUUUCAAAAGAGGAAAAGCUCAACUGAACAACCGUCGAAGAAACUCGAUUAAUUAAACUCGAUUCGAUCCCAUCCCAUCCGAAAAGAAGAUCGAAAGAAAGGUAAUUGUUGGUGGCGAGGGAGGAGGCGGAAAGUGAAGAUCGUUCCCCGAAAAUCGAGAGAUAAACGAGAAGGAUCCGUCCCCACCCCCCUCGAUAUCCCCCCGAAGGAAGAUGAGAGGGGACGUUGCGAGCAUGGGGUAGAAAGAUGCGGCCCGGAAGGUCAGCUUGGACCCUGGCCGUGGUGGCCCUCGGAGUAGGGGCCUUGUUCCUGGUCGGAUGGCGGAUGGGCGGCGGCGACGCGUUGUCUUCUCCGUCGAUCGAUUCGGCUUAUUUCGCGGUGGACGUCGCGUCGUCCGGGCCGCGAGGUCGCAUUCGCCGCGAAAAGGGGCAGGAGGAGGAGGAGGAGGAGGAGGAGGAGCGGAGAGAAGGGGAGCGGGCAGGGAUCGAAAGGAAGGAUCGAUCGGCUUCCAGUCGAGAUUAUUCACAGAGAGACGAGAGGCGGGCGCGCUCGAAGGGAAGUUCGCCUCCCUCGAAUCUCGAGAACGGCUCGACGAUCGACUUUGGGAGGAGGAAGAGGGACGGGAAUGGAUCGAGGAGUCACCGUGCCACGGAUGAUAAAUUGUUGUUUUUCCCUUGGACGAGGAAUUUGGAAAACGGCGAGGAGGAGGAGGGGGAGGAGAGGGAAGAAGCGAUUUUGCGAGGGAAUCUCGACGACGACCACGACGAUGAAGGCGAGCAGGGGUCGAGGAGUAUAGGUUGGGGGGGAGAUAAGGUCGCGGUGUCGAGCGAGGUUGCGAAAAGGGGAGGCGAUUCAACGAAAAUCUCGUUUCCAUGGAAUCCGGAGAGAGAGGAGGACGAAAACUCGAGGAGGUAUUCCUCGGAGAGGGUUCGUUCGCGAGAGAGUUUCGAGGGAGAGGAUGAAUCAACGAGUUAUUCGGUGUCGAGCUCGUCUCCAUUACGUAGUUAUCCCGUGGAAAAGUCGCUUCCCUUAUCGAGUCUUGAAACGAAGGAACGACGCAUCGAGGGUGAGAAUCUCGAGGGUAAAGAUUCAUCGAUUAAUUUCGAGAAAAAUUACGAGGAAAAGCGGAUCGAUCGUGGUUCGAAGGAAGAAAAUUCGCUUCCUCCGUGGAAUUUGGUCCUCGAAACGGAGAUCCUCGAUCCUCGAGAGGAAGACGAACGGGCGAAGAGUCGAAAGAGAAGCGAGAGUUAUCGGGAGGAAAGUGGAUCGAGACGAGAGAAUGACCGCGAAGCGAGUCGCGAGGAUCCAAUUACAAAGGGGAUCGAUCUCCCGUCGUCGCGGAAGAGACGAAGGGGAGAGGAUGGGACCGGGUUUUCGACGGACGACGACGGGCGGAGGACGAGGACGGGCGCGUUGAACGGGUCGAGUGAAAGGAGCAGCAGCGACGUCGAGGAGAAUUUGUCGCGCGAGGUGAAUGGGCGAUCGAUGAAUGAAGUCGAGAAGAGUUCGGGGCGAAGUUACCACUACCUCGGCUCGGGCAACGGCAACUCGUUAACGUCGCGGGGGGAGCCCGAUGCACGCGCGAACCGAGGCGAAACCGAGGCGAAGAAAGUGGAAAGUAUCGGCCCCGAAACCGAAACCGAAUCCGGCCACCCCUCGAACCGACCUCGUUCCAACGAAGAAGGGUCGAGGAGGCGAGUCCCGUGGAAUGCAAACAAGGAGGAUCGAUCGAUCUCGAUCGAAAUUGGGAACGAGAUCGUGGCCGAUUUCCAUAAUUCCGAGCGGGCAGACGCGGUGGAACGAGGGUAUGGACGAGGCGGGGAAUCGAUCUCGCCCGAUUCCUACCCUCCAGCAACGCCACGUCUGUUUUUUCGUCGGGACCGCGGAUCCACUCGAUCUUCCGCGAACACGUUCCACGUUCCGUUCGUGAGUGGGGAAAGGGGUCGAGGGAAUAUCCUCGAGGGGAGAUCCUCCCCCCUCGAGGUCCACUCUCCAACCAUCGAUAUUCGCGGGAUGGACGAAAACUUGGAAGAUGGCGAUGAUUCGCGUUUGGAAGGAUCGCUUCGCUUCGGAAGGGAGGAAUCGUUCGACGAGGAGUUUCUGAGCGCGGUGGAGGAAAGGCACGGGAAGGAGGAGGAGGAGGAGGAAGAGGAGGAGACGGGCGACGAAUGGCCGAGGGGAGUCGCGGGACGAGAAAGAUCGUCGUUUCGAAAGAUCGAAGGUUCUCACCUGCACGGUGAGAAACGAGCGGGUCGAAUUCGUGGAAGGAGGUACGCGAAUUACUAUUCGCAACAAUCCGCCACCCCCAUGGCGUACGUGCACAUCCAACCGGUGUAUCCGGUGGCGCAGGCCCCACCACCGAACCGGAAGUGCGUACAAUGCAUGGUUGUUUACAAACCUUGCCCAUCCACGCCCAGACAACCACCUUUCCCAACGUAUAAGUAUCAGGAGCUGGCUUCCAAGUGGUUCGGGCUUAAAUAUGGGUGUCGAUGCAAUCCUGUUGGCUCGAUAAGCUCUACCUGCGACAUCGUGACGGGCCAAUGCCAGUGCAAGCCUCACGUGGCUGGCAGACAAUGCGACCAGUGUACGGUCGGUUUCUGGGGCCUGCCGACGGGAGCUGGAUGCGCCCCCUGCGGAUGCGACCCCAUCGGGGCGUACAACUCUUCCUGCCACGAAGCCGUGGGCCAGUGUUACUGCAAGCAAGGCGUGGGCGGGACGCGUUGCGACACGUGUCUACCCGGAUAUUACGGAUUUUCCUCGAACGGGUGCCAAGCAUGCGACCCGUGCGUACGGCCUGGUCACAUCUGCGACCCAGACACAGGUCGCUGCGUGUGCCCGACCCUGACCUUCGGCGAGCACUGCGACCGAUGCAGACCCGGCUCCUGGGAUUUGGUGGCGGGGGUUGGGUGCAGGCCGUGCGCGUGCACCCUCGGCUCCACGAAACCCCACUGCGACCACCGGGGACAAUGCCCCUGCAGAAUAGGGUACGCAGGGCUCAGGUGCGAGAGAUGCGCGAAAGGGUACUACGGUUACCCCAGGUGUCGACCUUGCGGGUGCAACGUGGCGGGUACAACGAGGUGCGAUCACGAGGCUUGCGAUUGCAACGACGAGGGACAGUGUCCUUGUAAGGAAUACGCUGUUGGAAGGCAGUGCGAUCGAUGCAAGGAAGGUACGUUCGGUUUGGCGUACGACAAUCCGAAAGGUUGCACCGAGUGCUUCUGUUUUGGGAGAACGACUUCUUGCCAGCAAGCUGGCCUUAGUUGGGGGCAGCGGAGGUUGACACGCCCGCGAACCCUUUACGUCAACGACACCAUCAACGAAAUAGCGGUGAGCAAAUUUAGGUCGCAAAUUUUUUUAUCUCCCGUCAACGGCGGUUUGAACAUGACCAACGGGCUCUCCACGAUUCCUGACACCGAAGGUGAUGUCACGAUACCGGCACACUUGUAUUACAAUUAUCCCCUCUAUUGGAUGCUGCCCGAGUCUUUUCUUGGCGAUAAGGUCGUGUCUUACGGAGGAUUUUUAAGAUUUGCAAGUUCGACCGAGGGUGGGAUACCUUUGAGAUCGACCUUUCAAUAUCCGAUAGUGCAACUGCAAGGGAACGAUAAAAUUGUCCUGGAAUAUUACUUGCCUGUGCCUGCCGACGAUAAUCGUUACGAAGUCAGAUUUCACGAGUCGUUGUGGCAGUUGCAGAAUAGGCCUGAUUACAAAGUGACGAGGGAGGUAUUGAUGGUUGCGUUGCAAAAUUUACAAUACAUCCUGAUAAAAGCUUCCGACAAUGCCGAAUUUACGAAAGCAACUUUACUCGAAGCCUCUAUGGACGCUGCAGUUUUAACACCUACACACAUCCCACAACUUGCAACCGGUGUCGAGAUUUGCAAAUGUCCCCCAGAGUAUAACAGCACGUCCUGCCAGGAUCCUAGUAUCGGUUACUAUCGAUGGUAUAAAAAUACGACAGUUACAUCGACGAUCGUCAUCGAUCUCGUCGGAGAAGCGAAAGCCUGCCAGUGUAACGGAAGAUCUAAUAUUUGCAACAUAGAGACGGGAUAUUGCUUGAAUUGUCGAGGAAAUACCGCGGGACCAAGAUGCGACAUUUGCGCGGACAGUUUCUACGGGCAUGCCGACUUUGGCUGCAAACCGUGUCCCUGCCCGCAAGCGGACAAAAGAUUUUCAAGCACUUGCACGAUUCUCGCCAACACGGAACCGAUCUGCGUUUGCAAACCUGGUUACACCGGGAGGAAAUGCGAGCGAUGCUCACCCGGAUAUUACGGAUUCCCUCAUCUCCCCGCUGGAAAAUGUACACCGUGCGAAUGCAACCCUGCCGGAAGUUUGAACGAUGAAUGCGACACGGAAACGGGGCAAUGCAGGUGCAGAGCUGGGUCCACGGGUCGUGAUUGCUCCCAAUGCACAGCGUAUCGCCACGUUUUCAUAAACAACGUUUGCACGUCGUGCAACGAUAAUUGCACUGGUGUGCUGCUCGACAAUUUGGCUGCACUUUCCCAAGAAUUAGCGGAAGGUACCGUGCACAUAGCGGACGGAUACGUUCCUCCUCCGUGGCAGGAAUUAUCGUACAUCGAUUCGAACACGACCGGAUAUUUGGAAGAAAUGAAUCGGCAGAAUAGAUUGAGGCAAAGGAUGAGAAAUAUUCCGUGGAGCAAGUACAGAGAAUUAUUGAAACAAGUCGAGGUGUUGCUCAGAGCUGCCAAUGAACAAGUCAAACGCUCGGAUACUCUAAAUUCGAAAAGCAACGAUUUAAAGAAUAACAUAUUUAGCGCAAAGAUCGAAAUGGACAAUCUGAAGAAAUACAUAGAAGAUACGAUUCUACUGUUGAAUCAAUACAGCAGCGAAAACAAAAGGAUAGAAUUAAAGAAAGCGUUAAAAACGGCGAAGAUGAUUUUAAACGGUAUGAAGGAAGCGAACUUAACGAGGAAGAGAAUGGAAAUAGAAAGUUUUCUCGACGAUGCCCGGGAGACCAUCGAUUGGUUAAAUUCCUUGUACGAUGCAACGGAACCGCUUGCAAUCGCUCAAGACGACGCGGAAGAAUACUCGAUAAAGUUGAACGACGUGAGAAGCAUAAUAGAGGAGACGAUGGAAACGUUGUUCACGUACGACGGAUUAUACAACGAUAUUAAUCAAACGUUUUCAGAGGCUAAGAAUCAUUGCAACGAGAUCAACGCGUUGCGCAAUAAUAUCAACGCGUCCAUUAUCGAAGGGGAAAAGUUGACGAACGAGACGCGUGGUUUCAUCCUCGAUUUCCAAAAUAACGUUCAAGAUCUUCCAGAACUACGAAACAAAUUAGCAUACUGGUUUGAUAAAUUGGGUAUGAAGGAGGAACUGCUGUACAGAUUAAAUUACGAAUAUAACGACACAUACGUGAUACCCGCGAUUGCACACGUGAAGAAUUUAUCGAGCUACGUUGAUCAGUACGUCAGUCUGUUUUCCGAGACAAGAAACAUCGCAGCUAGCCCGCUCAAGGCCAGCCAAGCGUACAAGAAUAUCGUCGAUAACAUAAGAACCGCGAAUAUCACAGCGAUGGAAGCUAAAGAGAUUACGAACGACACGUACAACAAGACGUUUCCCAAUGGGCCGAAUUCGAAGUCGCUGUUGGACAUUGCCAAAGAGGUGUCGAGGGCAUCGUCCAAACAGUUGGAACGAGCGAAACAGCACGAGGAAUUGGUAAAAAAGGCGAGUGUUGAUUUGGAAUUGCAAAAGGAAGCUGUGACCCUUUUGAAAAAUACUUUGAACAACACUGGAAUCAGAGACAAUCAGGUUAAUCUAAAAUUGCAAAAGUUGAAAGAUGAUAGUAAGAAACUACGAGAAGAUAUAGAAAACAUAUCGAAAGACAACGAAAUGGUACUAGAAAACGUGAAAAUAUCGCGAAAACUUAUCGAGGAUUACGAGGAAGGAAUUGCAGAUAGAUUGAAACCGAAACUGAACGAAUUGAAGAGGGAAGGUGAUUCCAAGAUUAGUCUAGCUAGCGAAAAAUUGACGGAAGCGCUUAGUAACACGAAAAAAGCAGACGCGAGAUUAAUAAGCUUCUCGAAUGCUGCCGCGAAAAGGAAGAGUGUAUUUGACAAGUGGAACGAUACGCUGGCCACGAAAUUGCAGAAUCUCAAAGAUAAAAUUGCCGAAGCUAGAAAUACCGCUGACGGAAUUCGCGUUUCCUUGAAAUCGGCCGAAGGAAAAGAAUGUAGUCGUUCCUACAGGCCAUCUACAUUGCAGCCAACAUCCACGAAUACAAUCGUGAUGACGUUCGCGCUUCCGAAAGGGAAGAAAGAAGGUUCUCUGUUUUACUUGCCGAGCAGCAUAAAUGAUGACUUCAUUGCUCUGGAGCUGGUUGACAGAAAGGUGAGAUUCGUAUGGAACGUUGGAGGAGGUACGGGGAUUCUUACGCAUCCUGAGACUAUACACAGCAGCGAUAUUCAGGACGACAAGUUCUGGUACCGCAUCGAGGCUGAAAGGGUGCGACACGUAGGUAAAUUAUACGUACGAAAGCAAGCAUCGACAUCUAGAGGGUAUCCUGUGGUAAAGAAUUCGACUAACUCUGAGUACGGUCGUUUCGACAUCACCACGUCAGAUCGUGUCUGGAUAGGGAAAAUUCCCAGACCGGAGCGAAGAAGGACCGAGCUCAUCGCGUCUAGCGGCCUUCCGGGAUGUAUACAUCAAGUGAUUUUAGACGGGAAACCUAUAGGCCUUUGGAACUUUGUCACAACCGCGCCAGAUAUGGCUUGCGAGGCGUGUGUGGAAGGAGUGGAAGAUGUCAGCGACGAUACAGUUUACAGUUUUAACGGAGAGGGAUAUGCGGUCAGAAACAGAGUUUCUUCUGGACCGUACAAUCCAUACCGGUUUGUAAUAUCGAUUAACUUCAGGACUUACGACGAGAAUGCCUUGCUAUUUCUGGCUAUCAAUCCGGACAACAAUCAACAUGUCAUAAUAUUCCUGCGAGAAGGGAAAGUGAUUCUGCAGAUUGGUUACGGUAGUAACGUCAGCAUGGAAAUGUCGUCAAACUUUAAAUAUAAUACCGGGAACUGGACAAAGGUGGAUGCAUUCAGAUAUUAUCAAUUGCAUAAAAACAUUGAAAAGUGUAGCUUAAGCGUAGGGGAAAACGAUAAGAGAAUCGGGGCACCCGCAACUCAGCCCAAAAAGGAAGAUAUCCCUAAUUUUCUUCAAGCUAAAUAUUACAUCGGUGGUGUUCCACCGAGUUUUCGCGCGGAUAAAUUAAUGCUACCCUCCCAAGUUUCUUUCCUUGGCUGUAUGUCUAAUAUCAUAAUCGAGGUGGGCUACGAUCCAAUGGCGGAACAGUAUUAUGGCGUUGAGCCUAUUUGCACGAAUAAGCCAUUAAGGUUAAUAGGAUUUUACGGAGACGGUUAUUUGCAACAUGCAGCAUACACGCUACGUAAAAUAAACUCCACGGUGAGUUUCUCGUUUAGAACGAUGCAAGAGAAGGCCGUGCUCCUUCUUUCCACGUUUGAAGGGCAAGAAGAACGUAUGCCUCUUAUACGACACAUGAACGACGAAUCAAACAGAAAGAGUUAUUAUUCCGUGUGCAUAAUGAAUGGACAAGUUGAAGUGCGUUUGAACGCUGGAAAAGGAGAGCUCGUUUUACAAUCGAACGACACUUUUAACGAUGGAAGAUAUCACUCGGUAACAAUAAUUAAAAGGCGAAAAGAUGUCGAGUUGCGAAUAGACGAUGCUUAUCAGACGGCGGGUAAACUACCAACUAGUGCCGCUAUUAAAGCUCCCGAAGAGAGUGGAGGAUUAUUCUUCGGAGGUUUACCCGUUCUUAUCAACAAUACCGAAAUGAUUUCCACCACCACUCCAUUGUAUGGUGCUAUUAAAGACGCGAUAUUUAACGACGAUAUUAUUCGAUUCGAUGAAGUUAUCAGUUUCGAGCAUGCAUUGAUCGGUCGUUCUGGACCAAGUAUGGGAAAAGAUCCUCCUACUUAUACACCUUCGGCUUCGUUAUCAAGAGGAAUGUCGACGCAACCGGAAGGAUGUCAGAAAGUACCGUAUUAUUCUCUGGAAGCUGGUGCUCUAAAGUUUGGCGACAAACCAAACAGCCACACCCAACUUUAUUUAAACUUUAAGAAAUUUUGGGAGAAGAAAUACGCCAUAGAAUUUGAUUUCAGAACGUAUUAUCCAAAUGGUCUUUUGUUCAUUACACCAGGUCUUAGACCAAAGCAUUAUCUCAUGGUCGUGAUACGGGAUGGACAACUUUUACUUUUAGUGAAAAGCAAACAGAAGAAAGAGAUAUUGUUUAAAAUGCCGUUUAAUGACGGUAACUGGCAUCACGUAGUGAUCAGUCACGAUGAAAGGAAAUUGACGUUGCUCGUGGAUUCUCUAACACCGCACACUAUUAAAGUACCAAGAAAGAUUGGACUGGCUUCUAUGAUGUACAUCGGAGGUCUACCUGAAAGUGGCACACCGAUUCCUGAACAAGUUGUGGUUAAACUUGAAACUCUAAAAGGUUGCAUCAGAGGAUUGAGGAUCAAUGGAAACGUGUUUGAUAUGGUUGGUUCCACGAGUAGAGCUUAUCAAGUUGGACAAUGCUUCCCAAAUGUGGAAAGUGGAGCUUAUUUUCAAGAUGAAGCAUAUGCCAUAUACAAGAGAAACUUUGAAUUAGGUGCAGUGCUUGAACUUCAAUUAGAAUUUAGAACAUCGGAAUUGUCAGGUGUUUUGCUUUCCAUAACGGCACCCGGCAAUUCGCCUUCAUUGUCAUUGGAGCUGAAUAAUGGCAAAGUGAUCAUGUCGGGUGAUUUAGGAGAUAACAAUCCAUUAUAUGCUGAGCAACGUUUUACUAGUCCAUACACGAUCUGUGACAAUCGAUGGCACAGAAUACAAGCGGUUUAUAAUGAUGAAGAAUUGGCAUUGAAGGUUGAUGAGAUGGAUCAGAAGUAUGGCCUUCCACCUAACGUCAAUUAUCAUAUGAUGGAUUCUACAAUCUCUGGACCUCUCUACAUUGGUGGUUUGCCAGCCUCUGCACCAAAAGGAACAUUAAUGACAAGAGAUCAUUUCAAUGGAUGUAUAAGAAAUGUGAUGAUAGGGGGAGAGAGACGGGAUUGGACAGACAUGGAUGAAUUGCAUAACAUUCACUUGAGCUCCUGCCCAGUACAAUGAUAAUCAGUACAAUGUGUGAACUCCUCUGAGUCAUUCAAUUUAGUUCCAAAGACUGUUCAAAGGAUGCACAAUGAAAUGAAAGGUUUCUAUGAACGGUGUUCAAAUACGAUUUCACACCAGGAUCAAGUGCCAUAUCAUGAUGGGAAAUUCUCUAAUUGUUAAGACAUAAGAUUAAACGAAGCCAAAAGAUGCUAACAUGCAAAUGCAUGAAGUUUGUAUCAAUGUUUCUCAAACUUGUUUUUACUGUUAUAAAGUUCUAUGAUAACAAAUUCUUACAAAAUGUUAAUGAAAAUCCUUUGUAUUUUUAUACGUAUCUGAUAACAAAUUAUAUUUAUAUUAAAAAUAAGUUGAGAAAAGAUAAAGAUACAAUGAACAUCAUGUAAAAAAAAAAUAAGUUAAUAUUUGCUACUUGUACAUAGAGAAUCUUACAUUAAUCUAUUUUAAUUAAAUCUUUUUGAAAUAAAUUUUUACUAAAAAAGAAAAGAACG